CCCCACCCUCACCAAGCAAAGAAGCAGCUCCUAACACUGAUCCAUCACAAUCAAAAUAUAUCAAUCAAGAUGCCGCUUCGCGAGACCGACCCAGAUUUCGAAAGUGAGAUCUUCGAAAGAGCAAAGGCAGCUUUAAGCGCAAAGUUUGGGAAUUUCCAAUAUGAUCUCCCGCUACCGCUUCUUCUCGUCGAUGAAUAUGCCGAGAAGCCUCUGUCGUGCCAGGAACCUGUCGAGGAGACGAGCGCAAUCAGCGCCCACAUAUCGGUGCGCAUCCGCGCCUUGUAUGAGCAGCUUGCCGCCGCCUAUGACAAGACCGAGGAUCCGCCAGCCAGCAUCGGUAUCAAGCUCGAAAUUCAACCGCAGAACUUUGACCCAGAGGAGCCACAAUGCCACCAUCGCAGAUAUCACUCGCGCCGCCUGCAACUGCACGACCCCGAGACACUGCCAGAUCUGCCCUUUGUGAACAAGCUGUUCAUCAGGUCAAGGUCGUACGGCGGGGAUGCCGAGCUCGCCACAGACAUACGCCCUCUGUCCCCCCUCGUGCCGCUGCAGUGCCUCGUCCACCUGCCGGCUGCUCAGGACUGGCAUGCAAAAUGGUUGUGGGAGCGACCCGUGCCCGCUUCCGUACCGAGUAGGGUGAUGCGUGAGCACUACACCUGGCCGUGGGAGGGCCCCCUUCGAGACGCCCGCCACGAGUUCGGCGCCGCGAUCAUGGACCAGGAGAAGCACCUCUGCGGGAAGAGUAUCCCCUCCAGUCUGACCAGGGCCGCACUGCACUUUUGGCCAUUCUUCUCGCGCCCCAGGCAUAACCAGACCAUGGCCCGGCCAAACUUGAUCCAUCCUGCAGAAAAAGACCCCGUGUCUGUCGGCCUGUGCAAGCUCGGUGCGCAGCUAAGCCUGUUUGACGUGCGCGCUGUGGUCACUUCAGAUCUGUUCCCUGCACCGGACGAGCCAACUGACCAGCAGUGGUCACAGAUGCGGCGAUUUCGGCUCGAGUUCCACGCCCUCCGACCAGACGGGCGGUGGUACUUUGUCGGCCCUGGUGGCGAGGAUCCGCACGACUCUGAACAAGGAGGGUAUAAGAUCUCCGAUACAGAACACUACCCCCGCGAAACCGAUACGGACGAGGAUAUAGACCACGACGCCGAGUACGACGACAACCCGGAUAACGAGUACGAUUAUACUCUAGAUAUGUUCCGUACUGAGCCUAGUAGGGAGCGGAUAGAGCCCCUGCUUGCCGCGUUUGCUAAGUCUUUGACUCGCGAUAGUAUGCCAAGCCUCGAGGACGCCGAGAUUUUCACGUACGUGUGGUGGUUUCCUUCAGACGACAAAUUCAAGGAGGAAUAUGGUAUGCCGAGAAAAAGAGGCCACAGAUGGGGUGUCAAGUUCAUUGCUGGGCGCGGUAGCAAGAAGCAGAGAAAGGACAGCGAUGCUGCUGCACCAACACCGCCGGUGGUGCAGUGGCAGAUUGGUAACUGGAGACCCAGUGAGGAGGUCAUGAGCUUGUUCGAAAUUCUAGGACGGCAGGAGUGGCUCGAUCUCAAGUGGGAUGAGUACAGAUCUACGGCGGGGCAGGACGUGCUGGGACAUAGCGAGUCUUCACCCAUAUAGUCGGGCGGGCAACGGGAAUCCUUUUCCCAAAGUUUCGAGAACAAGUAGCCUGAUGCCCUUUUAAGAAUGGCCGGCCGAACUGGCGAUGGCAGCAACGGAGGUGGUGGGGACGUAUAUACGCUCAUCAUCGUCGAGGAAGCAUCCCGAGGAGUUUCGCAUAGCAUGGCCAUCUCGACAGAUGUCCAAGGUGAACAGAAUCAGUUGGGAGGUGAUAGCGAAAAGAAAAUAAGUCAAGUUUACACCAAAUCGGAUUUAUACCGGGACUUAUAUCAGAUAGGUACAAGCUACGCUCUGCAAAUAAUUAUUUGUUACUUAAACCACAUAGACCGUUCUUCAGAGACCUUAGAUAGACAGACGAAAAGUUUAAUGUGCGAGGGCCGCAGAAGCCAAAUGUUUUCGCGUAUCCUUGAAAUUAAUAGC